GUAAAGACUGACCUUACGAGCACUACGAAUGGCGCCAAAACAUGGGUAUCAAAAUCGCAUGUAAUUACACCGCUGCGCUCAGUCGUCUGGCGAAUAACGCGUAACGUAAUGCCAUACGCAGGGCAUUGAGGGCCCUUUUAGUAUAAUUUGUCCAUAGGCUGCACGUGUAGAAGGUGUGGCAAAACGCUUUAAAUAGCCUAAUAGCCAACCGCGCGUUGGCCAUAGGCCAAUGGUCAUAUGUAUUCAUAGACAUACAAUGUAUUGCAUGGACUGACGUUUAUCUGACAUGGCUAUUUGUGCGUUAUGUACAAAUAGCCAUACAUUUGGUGUGCCCCUCCCCCCGACCAUCGGAAGACUUUACUUGUACAGAAAAUCAGAGACAAGGCGUCUCCAAUUGUUAAAUCAUCUAAGCCCUAAAAUGAAACCCAGCCCGCGUCGGCACAAGUUCCAAGUCAUUGGACUGAUGGACUCGCACAUUAUUACUUAAUUUACAAUAAAAUUACCGCAAUUUUUUUUAUAGCGUUGUUCAUGAUCUCAUUAUGCGCGGGUUUUAUGCGACAUGUGUAAAAGAGCAUUGAUUGAAUUAUCCAUACCAUGAAUGAAUGUACCGGACUUGAUAGGGCCGAUAUGUACAUUGGUAUAAAGGUCUAAUAUAACAAUAAAUAAAAAACCGGCCAAGAGCAUGUCGGGCCACGCUCAGUGUAGGGUUCCGUAGUUACUCUUCCGUCACAAUAAGCUAAACUGGAGGUUAAAGUAUAGUAAAUUGUUCAAAAUAAAAUAAAAAAAUUCAAAAAUUUAUUCUGCAAGUAGGUAGGCCUCAAGGGCUCUUUUACAAGUCAAUACAACAUUUAUAGUAACACAAAAGAAAUGAAAAAUAGUGACAUGAAAAAUACAUAACAACAUUUAUAAAUACAAGAGCCAAUACCUGGGUAAACAUUACAUUAUAAUAAUCUUAAAAUAAAUAAUUAAUACAAUACAAUAGAGAUGUAUAGUCUCUAUGGUUAAAAACACAUUAAAUCUGGAGAUGUAAAAGGUCCCCAAUGUCAGAGUACUAAAAUUUGGAGGUGUAAAGUCUCUCCAAGUGUCAAAAUAAAAUGUAUACUAAAUAAAUAAACCGCGUCUGGGUUAACCAAGGGAUGAAACGGUACCUUUCACGCGAGUUAAACAAAUAGGCAAAUUUGCAUAAUCAGUACCUAAUUAAAGUAAGUCUUUUUACUAUGAAGAGGAAAUCAGCGAUUGAUAUUUUUUUCGUUCGCUGGAGGAAACUUUUUGCGAUAACUCAAAAACAGCUAAACUGAUCAUGUCCGCUCAGAGACAUGUCAGUCGCUUCGCUUGACAGACAGGUGAAGUGUGCGAAAGGGAAGCCAUGAUGUAUAUGAACAAGCCAUAAGUGCGAAAGAGGCAGACUACAUAUGAGAAAACGUAACCAAUUUUGAGUUCGAAGGCGGCCGAGGCGGCCAAGAUCAUAUUGCCGUAUUUUUUAACGUGAAAAAUAUAAGAGAAUCAAAUAGAAAAAUAUAUAUCAAGUAAUUUAGUGACGAUGGUGUCAUGUUGUGUGUCGGGUUGUAGUGUUUCAGGGCCAAAAAACCCAUGAAAAUACUCAUUUCACAGGUAAUUAUGAUAUUCGUAGCGAAAUUUUCGUAACAAUAUUUUAUCAAACUUGCGUCGUAGCGCUAAAAUAAUUCAAUUUUCGUUCCCCUUCCGACACCUUAUACAAGUAAUAAUAAAAAAACCGGCCAAGAGCAUGUCGGGCCACGCUCAGUGUAGGGUUCCGUAGUUACUCUUCCGUCACAAUAAGCCAAACUGGAGCUUAAAGUAUAGUAAAUUGUUAACCAAGGGAUGAAACGGUACCUUUCACGCGAGUUAAACAAAUAGGCAAAUCAGUAAGUAAGUAUUUUUACUAUGGGAGAAACUUUUUGCGAUAACUCAAAAACAGCUAAACUGAUCAUGUCCGCUAUAGUUUUCAUCUAAUGUCUUUCUUAAGCUCUACUUCCACGAUUUUUUUCAUAUUUUUUGGACCUAUGGUUCAAAAGUUAGAGGGGGGGACACAUUUUUUUUCUCUUUCGGAGCGAUUAUCUCCGAAUAUAUUCACUUUAUCAAAAAAUGUUUGUUGAAGACUCCUAUUAGUUUUGAAAGACCUUUCCAAUGAUACCCCACACUGUAGGGUCAAAGCAAAAAAAAAAAAAUCACCCCCCCUUUAUGUGAAGGGGAAGUACCCUCAAAAAAAAAAUAGAUUUUAUUGUACGACUUUGUCGGCUUUAUUGAUUUAUAUAAUCCAUGCCAAAUUUCAGCUUUCUAGCACUAACGACCACGGAGCAAAGCCUCGGACAGACAGACAGACGGACAUGGCGAAACUAUAAGGGUUCCUAGUUGACUACGGAACCCUAAAAAUGAAUGAAUGUACCAGUAGCAUUAGUACAACCGGUAAAUGAAACCUUAAGCACAACCCUAGCUUAUAUAGAAUUGUCAAUGUCAAUUUGACGUAAAUAAAAAGUAAAUAUGUAUAAAUAAUUUCUGGUUUAAGUGGUUUAGAAGCCAUGCCGUGCCAUCCACUUAAAACACGUUGUAAAUAUUUUUAUAAAUAAACCAUUGGCGAGCUUCUAUACAGCCUUAAUGAAAUGAGACUGAAUUACAUGAUAAAGGAUGAAGGGGAUGGAACUGGAACGUAUUUUAGGCGUCCAGAUUUUAUUUCUUGGCUGCUUUAUUCUCGGAUAUCAUUCUGGCAAUAUGGACUCUGCAUUAGCUCAAAAAUAUUUACAAAUAAUAGCUUCCAUAAUAGCCAAUCUACUGGCAAGCCAGGGCUUUGAACUAGCCUGUAUUGCCAUUUGUACUGCAGUAAAGAGUAAGAAGCUGCCUAAGCUCAAGCUAAAGGAAAAGUACAAACUCUCCAUGUAUGUGCUGCUGUUGACUAUACCCAAUACUGUGUGCUGUGGGCACUCAUUACUAAGAGAAGAGUUCCUGAUGUUAUGGAUGGCUUAUGCUCUAGUCAGAUAUUUACAAUUGCGCCAGCCAGCAACAAUAACAUAUGGCGAGGCACUUGCAUGCAGCAUUGCAGAAGGCUACCUGGUCCAAGUGAUUCCUCCUGGUGGCGACUACGAGGGAUUGGUGGAAGCUAUAAGGGCUGCUGCGAUGUCCCGGCGCGUGGUGUUCCCGGUGCGGCGGCUGUUUGUAGUGUUCCCGCGCUCCCUGCACUGUCCGCGCAGCCUCGAAACCUUCAACAAGCAUGACGAACGCCUGCCGCGCUUGGAACAAUGCACUAGCCUUCCUGAUAUCAGCCGCGACGUGGCGGGCGUGCGCAACCGCGUGUACCGCAACACGGUGUACAAGAUCCGGCGGCACCCGGCCGACCCGCGCCCCGUGCACGUGGUCUGCGCCACUCCUAUCAACACGCUGUGGAUGGUGCUGCAGAAGCGAGCCGUUUAUACACUGAUGGCGAAGGCGGACGCGGAAGAAAUCGCAGAGUCGUUCUGCGCCACACUACCGAGCAUCAUCCGCAACAGUCCUGAGCUGCGGGAUAAGUGCGACCUGGUAUACUAUGAUGACACAAAUCCUAAUGAGAAUUUAGCUGAAACACUAUUGGCGAAGAUUCGGGAGAUUGAGCCAAACUAUGAAAACCUUUCCUGGGAUCAGUGAUUGUAUAAGCUAGGUAGUGAGGCGAGUAGGCUACGAAAGGUUAUGAGUCCAUCGUAAUUGUAAAACAGAAUAUUUGAUACUGUACUGUACCUACAUUAAGAUGCGCGUGCGCGUUGGAGGGUCUGCCAUCUUGUGGUCUGAAUCGGAACCAUAAACAGGCACAUUUACACGUCAAGUGUUUUCUUGUGCAUAGUAGGUUCUGCCAUCUUGUGGGCUACAUCGGAACAAUAAACAUCACAUUUACGCUUCGCGCCAAAAAAGCUUCUGUGCUGCCUCCUACAGUUCAUGCACGCUCCCUAUUAUGAUCAUACCCCGAAGUUUUGUAAAAUAGUAGCCAAUCCAGGCGUAUCCUUAGCAAAGAAUAUAAUACUCACUAGGAUCCUUAGUAUUAGAUAACGCAAGCGUUCGGCAUUUAAAAAAGUAGUUUAGGGCGUCAGUGAAAUUGACAAAGUACGUAAUAUAGGGAGAGUGUUCGAACAAGGGGCAUUCUUUAUACCACUCGAGUCGAUUGAUAGUUCCUAAUAUGACAGUUCCUUCAAGCCACUUGUGGUUGGGGUUAAUUAAAAAAAAUUGAAGUUAUUGAAGAAAUAUGUUUUUACCGUAUUUUUAUCUACUACUCUAUUGUCACUUGGCACGGUGCGAAAUGUAUGGUGGGGGUAAGUAAAGCGAUCGCAGCGCGUGCGGUAGUAAAACUUGGCACUAACGAACGUUGGCGUCUUUAAAAGGGAGAAAUAGCUUUUCGAAUCUAAAGAAAUAACGGUUGAAAUGAAAUUCCAUUUCGGGAUAAAACGUUUGGCACUAACUAAAUCUUAACAAAUCACUUUGAUUUUGAUGUGGAUCACUUCAGCGUAAUAUUCUUGGUUUGCGGGUUUCACUUUUUAUAAAAAAAAGACAAAAUUGUUUUUGUUUUUCAAUUAAAAAAAGGAAAACGGAUAAACCUAGUUUUUCAUUGUGUCAAUAACAUAUUCAAAAAUCAUGGAGAAUGGAUAAUAUUCAGAAGUGGAAAAACGUUUUCUCUUUUUGUAUGGACGAUCACGUGGCCAUACAAGUUAUAAGUAUGGCUCGAAAUUGAACUUUAAUUUACGAUUACAUCUGAGAUAUUCAUUUAAAAAGAAAAAAUAAUUUUCAAAAUCGGUUCAGAAAUGACGGGAGUUAUGGAGUAACAAACAUAAAAAAAACAUACAACCGAAUUGAUAACCUCCUCUUUUGAAAUCUUGAAGUCGGUUAAAAACACCGCGAGGACUUCUUCGUCGACAGUCUCUUGUUUGCUGACGAUGCAGCUUAUGUGGCGAACUCUGCAGCUGAUUUGCAAAAUAUCAUGGACAGGUUUUCUCGGGCAUGCACUUUGUUCUCCAUGUCCAUCAAUGCCAAAAAGACAGUCGUGUUAGUGCAGGGCAGUGCGGAAACACCCAGAAUACUGGUGAAUGGCACAGCUCUGGAAGUCGUCAAUAAAUUUUGCUAUCUUGGGUCGACUGUGUCAAACAAUCUCUCGCUUGAUGCAGAGAUCGAUAUUCGUAUUGGCAAAGCAGCGACCAUGAUAGGGAGGCUACGUUCAAGGGUGUGGUGUAACAAACAUCUCACUGUUAGAACCAAGAUGAUAGUAUACCAGACUUGCGUUCUAAGUAUACUCUUGUACGGAGCAGAAACCUGGGCGACGUAUGCAAAAUAGGAGCGACGGCUCAACAUUUUUCACAUGCGCUGUCUAAACAACAUUUUAGGCAUAACCUGGCAGGACAAAGUGACAAAUCAAAGGGUUCUUGAAAAAGCGCAGCUGCCCAGUCUUGCCGCUCUUCCCAAACAGAGACGCUUGCGGUGGCUGGGGCAUGUGCACCGGAUGGAACCCUCUAGAAUAAAUACCUCGUCGUGUCUUGCUUGGUGCAGUUGCGUAUGCUAAAAGGAACGUUGGAAGACCGAUGCUGCGCUUUAAAGACUGUGUUAAGCGAGACAUGUCAGCAUUUGAAAUAGACCACCAUGCGUGGGAAACCUUAGCUGAAGACCGUGAUGGAUGGCGCAAGCGUGUUGUGGAGGGGAGAAAGCUAUGCGACCAAGCCUGGUUUAAUACAUUAGAUAGCAGAAGGUGUCACAGAAAGCAAAUCGAGACUGGAACCUCAGGUGGUAUGAGCUUUCUCUGCCAAAAAUGUGGGAGGUCGUGCCGCUCACGCAUCGGUCUCCACAGGCACCAAACCCGUUGUCUAAACAGCUCUGCUUAAAUCAUCUGCAAUAGACGUAAAGGCCUGUGAUGAUGAAAGUUUUAUUAAGCAUUUCAUAGUUUUUUUACGUUAGAGGAGGCAAACGAGCAGACGGGUCAUCUGAUGGUAAGCGAUUACAGCCGCCCAUGGACACCUGCAACACCAGAGGGGUUGUAAGUGUGUUGACGGCCUUUAGGAUGAAAGUACGCUCAUUUCUUGAAGGUUUGAAGGUCGUAUCGGUCCGGAAAUACCGCAGACAGUUCAUUCCACAGUUUAGCUGUGCGAGGCAGAAAGUUCCUGGAGAAACGCACAGUUGAGGACUGCCAACCGUCUAAGUGGUGAGGAUGGAAAUGUUGUCGCGUAGGGCGAUGGCGAAAAGAAGCGGCAGGGAUUAAUCCGAACAAUUCCUCGAAGCACUCCCCGUUAUACAUGCGAUAGAAAAUGCAGAGCGAGGUCACAUCUCUACGCAGCGCCAAGGAGUCAAGCCAAACCGAAAUACGCUGGCAGUCGACAAUUCGAGCCGCUUUUCGUUGGAUGCAGUCUAGAUGGAGAAGCUCGUACUGGGGUGCCCUGGGGUGGGGUGUGCGGGCGCCUGCGCCUUAUAAAGCUGUAGGCGGUGGGCCGGUGUGAAAUACUGUCUCGAUCCGUUGAGCACGUCGAGCUUUUUUUAGGCUAAUUUGGCCUUACUCUCUAAAUGGCGGCGGAACUGCAACUUCACUCGAGAUGUCGACGCCAAGGCUUCCGAUACCGGCUGUGACAGUCAGACUCAGGGGAGUACUCUCAAAACGAGGUGACGAGACAAACUCUAACUUUUUAGCGGUAAACGCGCAAACUUGUGUCUUCGUAGGGUUAAAACGGACUAAGUUUAGAUUACAAUUAUCCCGAUUGUAAUCUGUAUGAAAUGCUUAAUAUAACUAAAGAGAAAUUUUGAUAUUUAACAAAUUUAACAUAUAUUAGUGAAAGAAUAAGGAUUAAAGUCAAAUGGUGUUCUAAAAGUUUUAAUCAUCUGUCGAAAGAUGGCUGUCAGUCCCGUGUCCCAUGCCCGCUAGUUUCGGAUAUAUUUAUAAUAGUGCAUGACGUGAUUUAAGCAAAAAAGUCCUAAAAAUGUACACCGGGACGUAUGUGAUACUGAAAGUAAAAAAUAACGUAAUUACGGAUUUCAACAUUUAAAUAACGUAAUUAUGAGAAGCUUAAAAAUCGUCCGUAAUUCCGUUAUUACGUAAUUACGGAAUGGAAGCCCUAAUCACAAUACCUAUUUAUUACGGAAAUCUAGAUUUCUCGAUUCCAGAUCUCAGUUUGUAAUAAAUAUUGUACUCCCUCAAUAUACUACACUAGUUAGACGAUCAAAAGAUAUCACGAUAUUUGAUAAUUAUCAGUAAAUCACAGUGUAUACCUAUUGUACAUUAAGGUACUGUAACUCAUGCUCUUAAAUAGCAUGCUUUUUGUAAGCCUGAGGCACAAAAGCGGUUGGUGCUCUGUGAUUUAAGCAGAAAUUACAAAGCUUAAAAAUAUCUACUAUGGUUGUGAACAAAGAAAGUUAAGUCUUUUGUAGCAACUAGGCUUUUUAAGAUUUUCCUUUUUCGCAACUGGUUGUGUAACAGGAAUAAAUCUUCUUAUAUCACAACUGGUUGCCAUGAAAGACUAAAAAACCCUCAUAGACAACUGGUUGUGAAACACGGUUGCGAUGACGGCCGAAAGGCGGUGCGCAUGGCAUCUCCGUUCGAAAGCAGGAAUCGUCGUGCAAUUUGCACCUUCGCACGGAGAGGCGGAGCCAAUGUGUUAUAUCAUGUGGUUUUUGCAUGCACUGCACUGGACGUCACUCCGAUGUGUGAAGCAGUGUGAUAAUCGCCUAACUCUUUCACAUUCUGAUUCGUCAAUUUCUUAUCUUGUCCAGAUUCCUAUAUGGGCCACAGUGCUAACUCGUCACCAUUCGUAUGUCUUCUAUAGUAGAAUGCUAAUGGCGAUAUAGGAAUAAUGACAGGUUAGUAUUGUAGUCGAUAUAUGAAGGGUGACAGUUAAGAACAUGACCACAUAGGAAUGUCGACGAAACAGGACAGUAUACCAUAUGGCAAUGAGGACAACUAAGAAGGUAACAAAAUAGAACUGAACAAAUUCGUCCUGAGUCAAUUAUACUUAUUAGAACCACUUCACCAAGUUAUUAAAUUUUUUGGUAAUGUUCUAAGUUGGUUUUGAUAUUGAAUUCAAUUUUAUACUUAACUAUAAAUAAUAAAUAUUUUCACCAGACACCCAUCUGUAAUUCUAUUAUGUCUUUGAAACUUGAUUGGAUGCACCUUAUUGCAUACAAAAAUUGUCAUUAAAGAAAAAAAAAUUAUUACUUUAUUAGAAACUGAUUGAAAACGCCUGGAGGAGCUAUUGGUCCAUGAAACACCUGAUGAAAGGUAAUCUUCCGAUAUAUCUCAAACGGAAGCUCAUGGACAUGUGCAUACUCCCAGUUCUAACCUACGGGGCACAGACUUGGUAUUUGACUAAAGCUCAGAAGUCCAAACUCGCGAGUUUGCCAACGAGCUAUGGAGCGUAGCAUAUUAGGUGUCAAAUUGGUGGAUCGAGUCCGGAACACCACGAUGCGCUCCAAGACACAAAUCAUCGAUGUAGCUCGGAAAGCGGCCAAGCUAAAAUGGGAUUGGGCUGGUCACGUCUGCCGAAUGCCGAAUGAGUUGUGGGGCAAAGUCACUACAGAGUGGGAGCCCGAAAACUCGAAUCGGGGAUCUGGCAGACCUCACCGGCGAUGGCGGGAUGAACUGGACUCCUUCUUGAAGGAGUGGCCAGACAUAGCACUCGACAGAGAUCAGUGGAGAGAUUGGGGGGAGGCCUUUGCCCAGCAGUGGGACACGACAGGCUCCAAAUAAUAAUAAUAAUAUUAGAAAACACAAUCCCCCUAACGAGGGUGUCAC